AUGACGACAGUGGAGUUUAAGGAGUUUGCAAGAAAGAAGAAGGAAAAAGAGCCGCUAUGGCUGACUCCGUUGCCGAAGUGUACCGGUGUCGCGCACCGGGAUCGUAUGUCCAGGCACAUCGUGACGAACCUGGUAAAUUUGGUUCGCAAACUUCGUGGUGUUGCGAAAAGCGACGGAAGAGAGGGCCAACGGUUGAUUCUCCUGCAGGAGGAUCUUCGGGCAGCAACGGAGCAGCAUUACCAGCCGAAAAAGCUGGUAUUGGCAGAACGGUUUGGGCUGAUGUCGAAGAUGCAGAAGCAAAGACUGGCGCUGCAUGAGCACUACGUGGAACUGCAGAAAGCAGCGAAUACGUACUGCUUUGAAGAAAUCAAGGAUCAUCGGGAUGCAGUAGUCACGAUGGCCUUCGUUGGGGGAUUGCUUCCUGUAGAGACGAGGAAGCGCCUUCUAGAAAAGGAACAGCUAUCCUCGAGAGAGGCUUUGAGCAAGCGGAAGCCUUCGAGCGUGUAG